AUGAAGCGCGUGUUGAGCGACCAAUCCGCGCUCAAAGCCGAGAUGUUUGAGCACGUCCCCUGGCUGAUCGCGGCUUAUCUAUGGGAUAACCUGGGCAAGUGUAUGAAACAAACUCUGCACAUGUGGAAAAUCAUGACAAGAGCGUACCCAGAAUUCAGAAGACUACACCCCUGCUACCAUAUGGAAACUGUGACCUGCAAGCAGCCACUGCGGAGGCACUACUUUGACAUAAUGAACAGCGAGGACUGCAUCUGGCGUGGAGUCCUCUCUUUCCCAUCCAAUCUCGCCGAAGUCGCCGAUUUUGUCGCAAUCGCUAACGUCAAGAACCUGGUGGCCCUCCAAAUUAACCCAACCUAUGAGGUUGAGAACCCGGCCUGGACUGGUCACAGAACAAUGACUAAUACCAAUGGCAUUCAAGAUGGAGUGGUCCGGGGCUGGCUUGAAAUGGCUGAAACCCAUGGAUCAUUCCAGCAUAUGCGAUAUCUGAGGAUGGAGGGGCAGAACCAGCUGACUCCUCAUGUGCUGACAUUGCUGAGAAAGCUUCCACAAUUACAACACAUCGUCAUAAGCAAGUGCGAUCUCUUUACGAAGAAACUCAACCGAAUCCCACGACUCAAGGGGCAGGACGCGAUUGAGGUUGAUGGAUGGAUUGUGCGGCGCCAGGAUUGGAUCGUGGAAAAAGAAGGGCCCGAGAAAGCCAAGCAGGCAGAAGCCAUCCGGGAAAUGUACAAAGGUGGUGGCUCUGUGGAUUAUCAGUAUUUCGUAGGCAUGGAACCACUCACGCCGUACUCGUUGAGUCUGGACACCCCGGUAAUGGAUCUCGACAUCUCGCGGAGGUAUGACUUGUCGUUUGUGGAAAAUCCGACACAGCUUUUUGUCCUCGUGAGGGGCGCUUGUGAGCGGACAGGCGCAAAGAAGAGAUUGUCAGAAAAAAUUGAAGGAACAGGGCCACGGAAACGAGUUAUGAAGGAUCGAGGACAGGAUUUAGCAGGAUUGCUGGAUCAGUUCAUGUAA